CACUACCUUCCUUAGCUCUUCUUCAGCAUCCUUUUCACACUCCCUGUGACAUCAUUUUCUCUACAGACAAGACCUCAAAAAAGCAAUGAUCGAGACAUUUAGAAAUGAAACUGGUAGUUUUAGAGUUAUAGUAUGGUAUAGUAUUCAGUAGUAGAGGAAAAAAAAAAACGGAGAAAGAGAAUAGGGGUUAGUUAAGUUAGUAUAUAAAAACACAAGUGUUUUACGGUUUAUGGUUCUUUUGGGAGGUGAGUGAAUUUGGGAGAUGAAUUUUUGACAAUCUAUACAGCUGGGGUUUCUUUCUUUUGGUUCUGAUUUUAAGCUAUCAUGGAUUUGUUCUUGGCUGCAAAAGCUGCUCUGAGUUUCAAGGUUUCCAUGAGUUUCAGCUACCAAAUCGAUCAAGUAUGUGUUCAUUACACUUUCUUUCAUGAUGUGAAGAAACAAUGAGCUUUUGGUGAAUGUUUUGGAAUCCGAUGAUUGUUUUGUUAUAUGUGUUUGAUUAGUCUUCAAUUCUUUGAUUCUUUUGGGGUGGGGAUUUAGAAUUUGGAUUUUUUAUUCUUUGCAUAUUCUUGUUCUUUAAUUCAUUGCACCCUUGUAUUAUUCAUAUAGGAACACUGGAAAUUUGUUAUAAAACCUUUUUUUGAUUUUCUUCAUCGGAUUCCUGUUGUUUUUAUUGUAUUUUUUGAUUUCUUGAAAGUUCACACACUCACUUAGUCUAUCUCUCUAGAUUUACCUUGUUAAAUAUACUUACUAGGCUAUACAUGAACACAGAAGAAUUUGCACAGGAAAACUCAUACAUUGCAUAGCAGUAUAAAAUUAAAGAACCAAAGAGAGAUAGGAAGUUUUAGAGAUAAGAAAAAAAAAUAGGUUGGUUGGGUGAAUUGAAGUUGAAAACAUUAAGAAAACACAAAAAGAACGAAAAUAGGAAGGUUAUAGAGAAUGUUGGCUGGGUGUUCUAGUUCUACAUUGGUCUCACCAAGGCAGAGAUUGAGGAGAGAAGCAUCUGCACAAUUUCAAGCUUGCCAUUUUCAGUUGCCUUCAAUGAACACACAGAGACUGGACUUGCCAUGUAGCUUCCCGCGAAAGGACACUUCAAGGUCACAGCCCAUUAGACCUGUUGGACUAUCAGUUGAUAAGCAAAUUGAGUCCAAGACUAGCAGUUGUUCUCUGAAGCAAAACAUCCGCCUACCGCCUUUGGCUACCAGCAACAACCAGAGAGAGAUCAAAGAUGAGUUUUGGGAAAGGGGUAAGAAUCUGAAGAGGUUUGCAGAAGGAGGGUUGGUUGACGAGUCUUGCAUUAAUAGGGCUAAGAGGAAAAAGUGUAGCAAUGAUGAUGAUGGAAAGAGUGACGAUGUUCAUGAAAGUGGAGAUAGUUUGAGUUUUGGCCAACUGAGUAGUGGGAACUUUUGGUUUCAGCAAAGUUUCACUGGCCAAAAUGUGCCUCAAGUUCCUUUUACUUUGACUUGUUCGGGGGAGGAUGAUAGGGUCUGUUUUGUGCCUGGUGACUUGAUCUCGCCACCCCUGCCAUUGUCAAACAUUCCUUGGGUGGAAUCAAUUAUAACUGAGAUCACUGAUUUGGGUGAAAAAGGUGGCGAUGAGACCAGCCAUAGGCUGGCAAAAGAGGCUUCAGGUUCAAGUACUUCAUCAGAGAGUCAUAGCUUGGCUCUUAGGCUGCAUGAGAAUCCUGUGGAGCGUGAUGUGGGAAAUGGGUCUAAGAAUCCUAAUCCACAUCAAGGUGGUGUGGAUGCUAGUGAGGAGGAUAACAACACUCAAGGUUUUGAGCUUGUCAGCUUACUUACUGAAUGUGUUGAAGCAAUUGGCACAAGGAAUAUCCCUGCCAUCAAUCAUUAUAUUGCUAAGUUGGGGGAUUUAGCUUCCCCAAGAGGGAGCUCUAUAAGUCGCCUAUCUUCUUACUACACUGAAGCUUUGGCUCUUCGGAUUGCCAGGCUUUGGCCUCAUACUUUUCAUAUUACUCCUCCUCGAGAUCUUGAUCGGCUGGAAGAUGAUUCAGGUUCUGCAUUGAGACUUUUGAACCAGGUGACUCCAAUUACAAAGUUUAUUCAUUUUACAUCAAAUGAGAUAUUGCUGAGAGCUUUUGAAGGGAAAGACAGGGUUCACAUUAUUGAUUUUGACAUCAAGCAAGGGCUCCAGUGGCCUAGUUUGUUUCAGAGUUUAGCCUCCAGGACUAAUCCUCCAAGCCAUGUGAGAAUCACUGGUAUAGGUGAGUCAAAGCAAGAGCUAAAUGAAACGGGAGAUAGGCUUUCUGGAUUUGCUGAGGCACUGAACUUGCCUUUCGAGUUUCAUCCAGUUGUAGACAGGCUAGAAGAUGUGAGGCUGUGGAUGCUGCAUGUGAAGGAGAGGGAAAGUGUGGCAGUCAAUUGUAUCUUUCAGUUGCACAAGACACUGUAUAGUGGGAAUGGAGGAGCACUCAGGGAUUUUUUGGGACUUAUUCGAAGUACCAAUCCUACAGUAGUAAUUAUGGCAGAGCAAGAAGCACAGAACAACUCCCCUUUAUUGGAGAAUAGAGUUUCCAAUUCAUUGAAGUACUACUCUGCCAUUUUUGAUCUGAUUGAUUUUGCCCUCCCAUUAGACAGCCCAGUUAGGAUGAAGAUAGAGGAAAUGUUUGCAAGGGAAAUCAGGAAUAUUGUUGCUUGUGAAGGAAGUGACCGAUAUGAAAGGCAUGAGUUUUUUGAUAACUGGAGGAGGAUGAUGGAGCAAGGAGGGUUUCGUUGUGUGGGGAUUAGCCAGAGGGAAAUGCUUCAGAGCCAACUGCUGUUGAAGAUGUACUCUUGUGAGCAUUAUCGUGUGAAGAAGCAAGGGCAGGCUGGAGCGGCACUUACUCUAAGCUGGAUGGAUCAGCCUCUUUACACAGUCUCGGCCUGGACGCCUGUUGAUGUUGCAGGCAGUUCAUCCUCUUUUUCUCAGCCAAUUUGAUAGCUGCAGCUUUCUUUUUCUUCAUACAUACAUCAGUUGCAUACAGAGAAAGGGACACAAAAUUCUUUGUAGGUAGAGAAUUCUGUCAUCAUAAUCAUUCUUUCAUUCUUUUGUUGCAGAUAAGAUUUUUCAAAUAUGAUAUAGUGCCAGAAUCAUUUGUAUGGAUACUGUAGCUUCAUACCAGUUUCAGUUCUUUGCAGGCCAGAUUUGUUUAUUUCAGUCUGUAGUAUUUGGAGUCAAUUUGUGGUUAUUCUUUAAUUCUUUAUGUAAGAGAUGAUAUUCUUUCUAGUGUUGUCAGUUCAGUAGUCCUUUUUUCAUUCAAGGUUAGUAGAAAUAUGAACAAUGUAGUUGGAAAAUCUAUUUUUAUAAAUGAAAUGAUAUUAUGGAUUUGUGUUA